AUGGAAGAAGAAAAACUAUGUUUCUUAAAUAAUCCAAAAGUGGAGAAACUCUUGAUUCAUAUGUUUGAAUUGAAUUACGAUAAUGCUAAAUCAUUGCUAUCCCAUGGUAAAUAUAUAGAAGCUGCUGAAUCGUGUAAUGUUAUACUAGAUAAGGUAGAAUCUACAUUACCAGAAGGUGUACCUGAAAACUUUGCUACUGAUUAUAAGUUGCAAGAGAUAAUUAGUAAGGCUGUUGAGUUGCUUCCAGGAGUAUGGAAACUUAGUGGUAAUUUUCAUGAAGCAAUCGCGUCGUACAGACGAGCAUUGCUUAGGCACUGGAAUCUUGAUAAAGCGACUAUUGCAAGGAUACAAAAAGAGUUCGCUGUGUUUCUUCUUUAUGGUGGUGUUGAUGCUACCCCUCCAAAACUUCGAUACCAAGUUGAAGGAUCGUUUGUACCGAAAAAUAAUGUAGAAGAAGCUGUUCUUCUUUUGAUGAUAUUGUUGAGGGACUCUUCUCUUAAACGGAUAGAGUGGGACGCGUCGAUUGUUGAUCAUCUUUGUUUUGGGUUAUCUGUAUCAGGGGGAUUAGAGGGUUUAGCUAAGCAGGUUGAGGAAUUUCUUCCUGGGGUUUUGGAGAGGAAACUAAGAUAUUACACUCUUUCCUUAUGUUACCAUGGUAUGGGUGAGGAUGUGGUUGCUUUGAAUUUACUCAGGAUACUCUUGAGCAAAUCCGAGAACCCAAAUUGCAUAAAGGGUUUACUUUUGGCUUCAAAGAUUUGUGGGGAGAACCCUAAUUAUGCAGUCGAGGGUGUAGAUUACGCGCACAGAGCACUUACAGAGUUGCAUGGAGGGUGUCCUCAGAUGGCUAGUAUUGCAAAUUGCUUACUAGGUAUUUCACUGUCAGAUGAAGCUAGAUGUAGUGUAAUGGAUUCUGAAAGGGUUAAAAAACAUUUUGAGGCUCUCCAAGCAUUAAAAACUGCUGAAAGAACAAUGAUAGAAAGGAUUCCUAAAAUUAUAUAUCAUCUUAGUCUAGAAAACGCUGACCAGCGGAAUUUGGAUGUUGCGCUUUCUUAUGCAAAGCAGUUGCUGAAGUUGGAAGGUGAAUCUAGUCUUGAUGGAUGGAUUCUGGUGGCUCGCAUAUUAUCAGCUCAGAAACGGUAUUCAGAUGCUGAAAACGUGAUUGAUGCUGCUCUUGACCAAACUGGGAAGUGGUCUCAGAAAGACUUAUUGCGAACUAAAGCUAAGCUCCAGAUAGCACAAGGUCGAGCGAAAAAUGCUGUCGAGACAUGUACUCUUCUCCUUGCUCUCAUUCACGUCCAGAGUAGACGAACUGGAGUUCUUUCUAAGGGGAACCGCAGCCAUGAAAGAAGUUUAGAACUAGAGAUAUGGAUUGAUCUCGCUAAGAUCUACAUUAGCUUGUCACAGUGGCGGGAUGCUGAAGUCUGUCUGUGUAAAUCCAAAGCCAUUUCUCCUCAUUCUGCUUCUAGGUGGCACGCCGUAGGUUUACUUUACCAAGCGAAAAGUCUCCAUAAAGAAGCUCUAGACGCGUUCGUAGAGGCAUUAGGCAACCAAGACACCUAUGUUCCAAGCUUGAUCUCUACUGCUAAUAUUCUCAGACAGAAAGGGAAUAACCAAUCAGUAUCACUUGCUGAAACAUAUCUUAGUGCGGCAGUGCAGCUAGACAGAAUGAACCAUUCUGCUUGGUCCAGUCUUGGGUUGGUAUACAAGCAAAGAGGAAAAGAUUAUAAGGCAACAGAGUGUUUUGAAGCUGCAGAAGUUCUUGAAGAAUCUGCUCCAGUUGAACCCUUCAGAUAACCAUACUUGUUUAAGAUGAUACAUAUCUGCACUCUCCGGGAACUAAAGAUACCGACACAUUUACGUACACAUAUGCCCGUAAAGACAUGCGUACACAAAUUCAUACAUAAUUAGAUAAUUACCCCGUUAGCCUUGGCCUUAAGCCACAUUAUCUGCUUGUU